GAGAACCUGGGCAGCGGCCGAGCUCUGUGGCUUCAGGGCUUGGAAGGAGAGAGGGAGGGUGGCGAAGAGAGUGAGCCGGUGCGGCCGCCCGCUUGAGGAGAGAGGAGGGGGUCCCACUCGUCUUGCGCCCUUCGCGGGCUGAGAGCGCGGAGCAGUCGCGAACCUCCCAGGCCUCUCGGCCCCCGGGGACCCCGCCCCGCGGCCCGACGGCCCGCGGCCUCUCUUCUCUUUGUGAGCGCCCCCUUCCCAGGGGUGGUGGUGGUGGCGGAGGGGUGCGCGUGGGCCCGCCCGCCAAGGGGCCGCGGCGGGGGACCGACAGGGCCUCGGCUGGGAGGACCGGAGGCGGCCGAGGCCCCGGGCCGGUUCCCCCGAGGCGGCGGCGGCGGCGACUCCCGACACUUCCCCCGCGCCAUCUUAACUGAGCCCGAGCGUUAAGGGCGCCUCCUCGACCCCGGUCGUCCCCUCGUCCCCCCCUCCCUCCCCCCGGCCCCUUGUCGUAGAGUCUGGGCUGGGUGGCUGGGGGGGGGGCGGCGGUCUGUCGCCGGGCCCCCUCCUCCUCACUCCUCGCUCUCCAGCGCUGCGGCCACCGGAGCGCUCCAGGGGUCUGCGCCCGUCUGCUCUGCCCCAGACCUGCCGGCGAAGGGCCCAGGCUAGUGUAACUGUUGGUUGCUGAGGAUGACUGUAAACUCCUGAUAACUUUGUCUCCAACCUCCCAAGUGCUAGAAUUACAGGGUAUCUUGGCUGUAUCUGGGGGUAGGCUGAUGGACAAGAAGACCCAUUGAUUCUUCUUUCUCCUUUCUCUGCCUCCCACAGUGCUGGGCAUAGCUAGGUUUCUGAACUUGUUCAUGGCUGGAUUUUUAAAAAAUAUAUUCAAGAUUUCCUGUUAUGAAAUUUUAUGCCAGCGUGGCUUCAUUCAUACAGAUGAACCAAGCAUUGGGAUAGCAGUAUAAAAUUAGAAUCAGACAGCUGACUGCUCAGCAGGAUGCCAUCAACUAACAGAGCAGGCAGUCUAAAGGACCCAGAAAUUGCAGAGCUCUUCUUCAAAGAAGAUCCGGAAAAGCUCUUCACAGAUCUCAGAGAAAUCGGCCAUGGGAGCUUUGGAGCAGUAUAUUUUGCACGAGAUGUGCGUACUAAUGAAGUGGUGGCCAUCAAGAAAAUGUCUUAUAGUGGAAAGCAGUCUACUGAGAAAUGGCAGGAUAUUAUUAAGGAAGUCAAGUUUCUACAAAGAAUAAAACAUCCCAACAGUAUAGAAUACAAAGGCUGCUAUUUACGUGAACACACAGCAUGGCUUGUAAUGGAAUAUUGUUUAGGUUCUGCUUCAGAUUUAUUAGAAGUUCAUAAAAAGCCAUUACAAGAAGUGGAAAUAGCAGCAAUUACACAUGGUGCUCUCCAGGGACUAGCUUAUUUACAUUCUCAUACCAUGAUCCAUAGAGAUAUCAAAGCAGGAAAUAUCCUUCUGACAGAACCAGGCCAAGUGAAACUUGCUGACUUUGGAUCUGCAUCCAUGGCCUCCCCUGCCAAUUCUUUUGUGGGAACACCAUAUUGGAUGGCCCCAGAAGUAAUUUUAGCCAUGGAUGAAGGACAGUAUGAUGGCAAAGUUGAUGUAUGGUCUCUUGGAAUAACGUGUAUUGAAUUAGCCGAGAGGAAGCCUCCUUUAUUUAAUAUGAAUGCAAUGAGUGCCUUAUAUCACAUAGCCCAAAAUGAAUCCCCUACACUACAAUCUAAUGAAUGGUCUGAUUAUUUUCGAAACUUUGUAGAUUCUUGCCUCCAGAAAAUCCCUCAAGAUCGCCCUACAUCAGAGGAACUUUUAAAGCACAUGUUUGUUCUUCGAGAGCGCCCUGAAACAGUGUUAAUAGAUCUUAUUCAAAGGACAAAGGAUGCAGUAAGAGAGCUGGACAAUCUGCAGUAUCGAAAGAUGAAGAAACUCCUUUUCCAGGAGGCACAUAAUGGGCCAGCGGUAGAAGCACAGGAAGAAGAGGAGGAGCAAGAUCAUGGUGUUGGCCGAACAGGAACAGUGAAUAGUGUUGGAAGCAAUCAGUCUAUCCCUAGUAUGUCUAUCAGUGCCAGCAGCCAAAGCAGCAGUGUUAAUAGUCUUCCAGAUGCAUCAGAUGACAAGAGUGAGCUAGACAUGAUGGAGGGAGACCAUACAGUGAUGUCUAACAGUUCUGUCAUCCACUUAAAACCUGAGGAGGAAAAUUAUCAGGAAGAAGGAGAUCCUAGAACAAGAGCAUCAGACCCACAGUCUCCCCCUCAGGUGUCUCGUCAUAAGUCACAUUAUCGUAAUAGAGAACACUUUGCAACCAUACGAACAGCAUCACUGGUUACAAGACAGAUGCAAGAACAUGAACAGGACUCUGAACUUAGAGAACAGAUGUCUGGUUACAAGCGGAUGAGGCGACAGCAUCAAAAGCAGCUGAUGACGCUGGAAAAUAAACUGAAGGCAGAGAUGGACGAACAUCGGCUCAGAUUAGACAAAGAUCUUGAAACUCAGCGUAACAAUUUCGCUGCAGAAAUGGAGAAACUUAUUAAGAAACACCAAGCUGCUAUGGAAAAAGAGGCUAAAGUGAUGGCCAACGAGGAGAAAAAAUUCCAGCAACACAUUCAGGCUCAACAGAAAAAAGAACUGAAUAGCUUUUUGGAGUCUCAAAAACGAGAAUAUAAACUUCGAAAAGAGCAGCUUAAGGAGGAGCUGAAUGAAAACCAGAGCACACCUAAAAAAGAAAAGCAGGAAUGGCUUUCAAAGCAGAAGGAGAAUAUACAACAUUUUCAGGCAGAAGAAGAAGCUAAUCUUCUUCGACGUCAAAGGCAGUAUCUAGAGCUAGAAUGCCGUCGCUUCAAAAGAAGAAUGUUGCUUGGGCGACAUAACUUGGAACAGGACCUUGUCAGGGAGGAGUUAAACAAAAGACAGACUCAAAAGGACUUGGAACAUGCAAUGCUAUUGCGACAGCAUGAAUCAAUGCAAGAACUGGAGUUUCGCCAUCUCAACACUAUUCAGAAGAUGCGCUGUGAGUUGAUCAGACUGCAGCAUCAAACUGAGCUCACUAACCAGCUGGAAUACAAUAAGAGAAGGGAACGGGAACUGAGGCGAAAACAUGUCAUGGAAGUUCGGCAACAACCUAAGAGUCUGAAGUCUAAAGAACUCCAAAUAAAAAAGCAGUUUCAGGAUACCUGCAAAAUUCAAACCAGGCAGUACAAAGCAUUAAGGAAUCAUCUACUGGAGACUACACCAAAGAGUGAGCACAAAGCUGUUUUGAAAAGACUCAAGGAGGAACAGACUCGGAAGUUAGCCAUCUUGGCUGAGCAGUAUGAUCAUAGCAUUAAUGAAAUGCUCUCCACACAAGCUCUGCGUUUGGAUGAAGCACAGGAAGCAGAAUGCCAGGUUUUGAAGAUGCAGCUGCAGCAGGAACUGGAGCUGCUGAAUGCUUAUCAGAGCAAAAUAAAGAUGCAAGCUGAGGCCCAACAUGAUCGAGAGCUUCGAGAGCUGGAACAGAGGGUCUCCCUUCGCAGAGCGCUCUUAGAACAAAAGAUUGAAGAAGAGAUGUUGGCUUUGCAGAAUGAACGCACAGAACGAAUACGUAGCCUGCUCGAGCGUCAAGCCAGAGAAAUUGAAGCAUUUGACUCUGAAAGCAUGAGAUUAGGUUUUAGUAACAUGGUCCUUUCUAAUCUCUCCCCUGAGGCAUUCAGCCACAGCUACCCAGGAGCUUCUAGUUGGUCUCACAAUCCUACUGGGGGUCCAGGACCUCACUGGGGUCAUCCCAUGGGUGGCACACCACAAGCUUGGGGUCAUCCGAUGCAAGGUGGACCCCAACCAUGGGGUCAUCCCUCAGGGCCAAUGCAAGGGGUACCUCGAGGUAGCAGUAUGGGAGUCCGCAAUAGCCCCCAGGCUUUGAGGCGGACAGCUUCUGGGGGACGGACAGAACAGGGCAUGAGCAGAAGCACGAGUGUCACUUCACAAAUAUCCAAUGGGUCACACAUGUCUUACACAUAAUAAUUGAAAGUGGCAAUUCCGCUGGAGCUGUCUGCCAAAAGAAACUGCCUACAGACAUCAUCACAGCAGCCUCCUCACUUGGGUACUACCGUGUGGAAGCUGUGCAUAUGGUAUAUUUUAUUUGUUUUUGUAAAGCGUUAUGUUUUGUGUUUACUAAUUGGGAUGUCAUAGUAUUUGGCUGCCGGGGUUUUUGUGGUUGGCUUUUUGUUUUUGUUUAACUUUUGGAAAAAUUUUAAAGUGAUAAUAGAUAAGUAUUUCAUGUAUGUGGCAAAAAAAAAAUUGGCUUAAUUAGAAGGGGUAUUAUCUGAACAAUAUAAAAACAGAAUGAAGCAAGCUAAUCUGAAUCAUCACUUUAGGGUAUCCAUAGCCUAAGAAAUCUGUCAGAAGAUCUAAAGCCUUCCUUCAUAUUCCAAUUCUGUGAGUCCCUGACAGCAGGCAGCAUCCAUACUGAAGCACAUUCUUACUGAAGUACACCUCCACUCCUCACCAGUGGGGUUUCUUUAUUUAUGAAUUGAUCUGAUUUCUCAACCUCAUUUGAACUAAAAAACAGAAGACCAUGAACAUUAAAAGAUUGCAUUUACCUUUUCAGUGGUAGAAAAUCAUUUAGUUCUUUGCUAUAAAUGCUUCAGAAUUUUGUCAGAUUUUGUAGGUUGUAUCAUCGUAAGAUGGAGUUGCAUAAGGAGAUCAUAAGCUGUGUGGCUAUUGCACUAACAAGCCUGUGAGCUUCCAGAGGGAAAAACUAGAGGGCCAGAGGGGCCCCUGAAAGUUCCUUUGACAGGGAUGCUCAGCAGGGAGGAGGGAAAGCCUGUAUAGCUAGCCUGACAUUUUGUUUCUUGUACAAUAUUUCAUCUGACCCAAACUUAAGACUCCAAACAGUACCUUUGCUUUGUUUGUACAAAAGUGAAGACCUAUAGCCAACACAAAGCAAAUGCCAGAGGUAUUGGAUGAUGCCAUAUUUGAACUGCCAUCUAUUAGAAUAUUCAUCACACUACAUAGACAUAAUUUUAUUAUCCCCUUUUUAGUUUAUGGGAUUUCCUGUUUACAGGUAGCAAUAGUCAAUUAUUUAACUACUUAGUUGCCACCAGGAGUCACUGAGCCAAUGACUACCAGCUGCUGACUAAUCUUCACACUGUAGUUAUUGCUUCAUUUGCAGGUCCUCUGUGCUUAAUCGCUGUUUUUUUUUUUUUGCUGUAGUACCUUAUGAAUUCUUAAUUCAUUGAGACUUAGUGACCAUCUGGGUCUAUGUUAAUAUCAUAUAAUAGCAAAUUCAUUUCAGAAGUCUCUAGCUUUAGUGCUAAAAUACUACUGAGAAAGAAACUAGGUAGUUUGGUGAAUGAAAGAAAACAAAAUUUGAAGAUAUUAUUUAGUGGUCAAGGACCACUAAUAUUUGGGGAGUGUGUGUUGUCUGUUCUUCAAUGAAGGAUCAAUCCAGUGUUCUUCAUCAAUUAAUACCCAUUGCUUGUGUGGCGCCUUGAGUUGGUGGUAGACUAGGGCCAAUGCCCUCUUUAGUGAGAGACCAGAGGUUUUGUAUAAGUUAUUGUCCUGCUCCCUUUUCAGCUGUCUUGAAGAGCUCUUGCUACUAACUCUGGGUCCUGCUUUUCAUUUAGGUAGAUGGUAAGCAUUCUCUUAAUCAUAAUUAGAACAAACUAGUGACCAAAUUGUCAUCUGCUACUAUGGAAGUUCUUGGUUUUCUUAACCACGCUUUAUGUCUUGUCCAGGUAUGUCAGUCCAGUUUCCAUGACGUACCCCCUUCAGAAGUUUCUGACAUUGGUUUGAGGAUUUCUGACACUAAUUAGAUCAGGGUGUGGUAGCAAAUGCCUAUAAUCCCAGCAUUUAGGAGGCAGGGAUAGGAAUCUCAGGUUCAAGGCUGCCUUCAAGUGUCUCAAAAAAGAAAGAACAAAAGAAAGGUAGAUGCUAUUGUAUAGGUUCUUUGAAAAUCCAAUAGAAGGUUAAUAGUAUUCUCACACACACUUCUAGGCAGGGUUUUAAACAUAUUCCCCAUCAGUUUUUAGGUUAACAUAUACUUGCUAUAGCUAAUGAAAAGGACUUUUCUUUUUUCUUUUUCUUUCUCUUUUUUUCCUUUUUCACUCAAAAUACUAUUAAGGAGUUUCUCAAGCAAAUUGAAAAUUCUAUAUGUUUUGAGGAAAUAGGGGGAAGCUUUAGAGUUUAAUAGGAUAUUCAAAACUAUAAAAGAAUAUCAUCUUAAAGACUAUUCUGGCAACUACCUGCUACCAGAAGGUUAGAUUGAGAAAGCAGAUCCGAUAUAUGCAAGACAUUUCUUCAAACUCUAAACUACUACCAGAAACACAUUUAUCACCCAUUGUGAGAGUCACUUGGUCAAAUUUAGUUAAUGAGUCCAUUUUGAUCAUAAUGCACUCACACUAGUGUGAUUGAAUACUGACUGUCCAGUCUGUCUGUCCAGUAAGGAUUUCUGCCCCCAUCUAAUUGUGUGUCACCCAGUUUUUCCAUGUAGGUCAUUAUACCUGGAUGAUACCAUCAAUUUAGUUACAAUGCAUGUAGUUUGCACAAUGAUUAAAAUGAAUAGGUUUGUGUUUGUAGCCUAUAAUAACUCUAGUUGAAUCAUGUACACAGCAGGAGUGGUCACAGUAAAAACUGGUAGCAGGAAAAUUUGAAAGGGUUUGAAAUGCCCUGAAAUCAGGGCAAGUACUUAAUGGGGGAAAGAAAGCAGAAAUGUCAACAUUUGACCAAAUUAACACUACCUCCUCCCCAGUUGUUGGUAUUCACUCAUUAUAUGUGUGUUUAAGAGGAUGAGAGCAUGGCGAGCUUGUAGCACACCAGAGGUUGUAGACCUAUAUCUGGUAUCCAGAACCUGACAGGGAAACAGUUCUUGGUCCCCCUUUUUUGGGGUCAGCAUUUUAAAAAUGCAAAGCCUAUAUGUUGAGACAUUGUAUUCCUAAUUAGGUUCUCUGUCCUUUGCACAUAACUUUCUUUUAAACUUAGUUCUAACCCUAAAUUUUGACAUCAGAAAGUGUUUGCACUGUAUAAACAAUGUUAGCUGAAAGCAUGUUUAUUUUUUAAAGAGCUUCUGCUCUUCUGCACAUUUCCAUAUCUAGAGAUGGAUAGUCCUGAACUUGACGUCACACCCACAGGUGAAACAGCCUGAAGUCGAGGCCUUGCUAGUGAAUGGAGCUUUGUACAUAGUCAUUGUGAUGUCUGGGCUGCCUGGACACCAAGUAGACAGAACACUAAAGAAACUGUCCUGGAGACCCAUCCUGCUACUAAGACAUCUUCUGUACAUCAUUUUCAAACAUUGAAAACUUUCAGAUCAUAAGGCAGAAUUCAGUAAUUUUGUGCUUCUGUUAAUGUCUAGCAUUUUAAACAUAGAAUAACAUUGUUUUGGACACUGGAAUAAUAUGAUUUAUUUUCACCUGUAAAAAUGACUUCAUUGUACUUGAACACCUUUGCAUUUCUCCAUUUGUGCCAUUUACAAGUGGAAAUAAAUUUUAUUAUACCAUGAUCUACUGGCGUUUUAAAACUGUUAAAUGUGCACAUUUUGGGUAUAGCUAUUUUCACUUGUAUGUAUAUAUUGUAUAUACAUAUAAGGGUCUAUAUGUGUGUAUAGAUGGAUUGGUAUAACUCAUUCUAAAAGUAUCUGCCAGGGCUCAAGUUUUAUUGUUCCUGCCCCACCCCAUGUUACAGCAAGACUGUGUCUUACAGAGUAAGUACUCGGGUGAUACUUAGGGAAGGAGAUGAGUAGAUGCAGUCUUUUUGCCCCUUAGCACUUGUAUGAGUGAGGAGAAAGUUAGGUAAAGAUUGAACCUAUAAAUUACAGUGCAGUAAACUGUGCUAGGGAAGGAGUCAGUUACUGUUUAAGUUUGUUUUACAAUGCAAUAAAAGAUACAAGCUGCAGAGAAAAAUAAACUCUGCAAAGAACACUGGUAAUAAUCGUUUUGUAAAGGUUAAGAAAGCCACUGAGUCACAGUCUUCAUGGACUUUUGGGGUUUCUUAGUGUUGGACUUUUUGGGUUUCUCAUUUACUUUUUCUCUUAAUACUAAUACUUAUGUGUUUCGCAGAGUAUCAAAACUGCCAAGAAGGGAAUUUCAACUAAAACAUAUCUAAGGUUCCUAAACUGUAAAAUGAGAAGGAGAUGAUCACUGGGAGAAAAGCAUACUGGUUUGAAGGGAGGGCUGUCUCCUUUUAACUUCUUGUUGAUAAUAGCAAGUUCUUUAUGCACCUUCUACCCCUUCUGAGCCACUACUAUUCAAGCAGAGAUUUGGUCUAACACAACAUGCCUUUCUUACUUUUGCUUCUUUUCUUUUGAGACAUGUACCCUUUCUGAUUGGAUAAUUGAUGUUUAGCCAAGGCUGGCCUUAAAAUACUAGUAAUCUUUCUGUAAGCUCUCAAGUACUGGGAUUACAGGCAUGAACCACCAUGCCUAUAGCCACAGCAACCCAUUCUUUUGGAGGUUUUAUAGUUCUCCAUUUGUCUCAUGUUCCGAAUGUGAAGUGUCCUAAUGUGUAUUAAAGUCAGAAAAUAAUAUAUUUAAGGUAUACUAAGUAUGAAUCUGCUAUGAUGAAAGAAAUUCUCACUUCUCAAAUAGUCUUCUUGUAGGGAGCAUUGGGCUGUCAUCUUUGAGCUGCUUAUCAAAAUGCAGAUCAUUAUUGCAUAUAUGCAAAUUCUGUUUUAUUUUAUCCCUAAUAACAGAAGUCUCCCUUCCAUGGUUUCAGCAUUGCCUUUUUAAAAAGGCACUCACCCUGAGUUGUUAAGAACUGGAACUGUCCCACCCUCUGCUUCCUUAAAGGAUGAAGAGUGUGCUGUACACUCAGCAUAUGUGCCUCUUGUAUGCAAGGACUACUGAUUGAAGUCUGUUUUGCUGUGUCUGGUUAUGUUGUCUGCACUUUUAUGAAAUCACUACAGUAGAUCUACGUUGGAAAUAACUAUCAAUUUGUAAAGAAAUUUUUAUUAAACACUGUAGAAAAAGUGAA